AUGGUCAGAGCAAUUGCGUCAAUAUUGGAUACAGAUUUGUAUAAGCUCACAAUGCAACAAGCUGUCCUUGAGCAUUUCCCCAAUGUAGACGUUAGCUAUCGAUUCACAAAUCGCAGUAUGCAAAUGCGUUUUAAUAAACAAGCUUACGAUUCUAUUAUGGAUGGAUUACAAUUCCUUACCCAACUCACCCUACAGCCCCAUGAAUACUCCUAUUUACUAUCUGAUAAGGCCCCCAUGUUCAAAUCCAGCUAUGUCGAUUACCUCUCCAACUACCGCUUCAAGCCACACGAGCAACUUGACGUACGUCUCGUAAAUACAGACAAUAACGGCUUUGGUGACCUGGAAAUUGAUAUACGUGGUAAAUGGGUGGAGACCAUCCUCUAUGAGGUACCACUGAUGUCAAUUGUCUCCGAGUCUUACUUUGCUUACGUAGACACUGAUUGGUCUUAUGAUGGCCAAGAAUCUAUCGCCAAAGAAAAAAUGAAAUCUAUGGCUCAGAAUGGUAUUAUUCUCGCAGAAUUCGGUAGCAGACGUAGAAGAUCGUUUCAGGGACAUGAUAUCGUUAUACGCGCGCUUAAAGAGGAGAGUGAUCGUUUGCAGAAUACAGGCGCAUCUGGUAAACUCGGUGGAACGAGUAACGUUUUUUUCGCUCUCAAGUACGAUCUCCCUCCUAUUGGUACUGUAGCCCAUGAAUGGACUAUGGGUAUCGGUGCUAUCACCGGAUAUAAGAAUGCUAACUACACGGCAUUGGAUUUAUGGGAAAAAACUUUCGGUGACAAACUACUCAUCGCUCUCACUGAUACUUUCACCACUGAAGCUUUCUGGAGGGAAUUAUUGGACCAUCCUCAGAAAGCUAGCAAAUGGAUUGGGAUUAGACAGGACUCAGGUGAUCCCGUCAAAUUCUGCAAGGAUGCUAAUGCUGUUUAUCAGCAGUUGGGUAUAGAUACUCACACCAAAACUAUCGUCUUUAGCGAUGGACUGGAUAGUGAUUUGUGUAUCAAGCUCAAGCAGGUAACAGACGAGCACGGCUUCAAAUCUAGUUUUGGUGUUGGUACUUACCUCACAAACGACUACCGCAAAGCAUCAAAUGUUAGUGAAAAGAGCAAACCUCUGAAUAUCGUCAUCAAGAUAGCCUCAGUGGGAGAUACACCGACAAUCAAACUGAGCGAUGACCUAUCCAAGAUUACUGGGAAUAACAGUACAGUAAAGACAGUUAGAGAUGAAUUGCAUGUUUAA